AUGGCACCCGGAAAAGACUACAGCAGCUUGGGCGCCUGGGUCGUGAUCCACAACUCGGACCUCAACAUCGACCGCCACAAAUGCCACCGCGUCGUGCCCAUGCAAGUGCUCUGCUUAGGCGCCCCUCGGACUGGCACGUUCUCGAUGCAGGAAGCGCUGGCGAUUCUCGGCUACCAAUCACCCUACCACUAUUCCAGCGUCUUCUCCAACGUCCAGGACGCCGACAUGUGGCAGGAAGCACUGCAGUACAAAUUCCACAGCAAAGGCAAGCCGAUCGACUGGAGGAAGCACUUCGACAAGCUGCUGGGCCAUUCCGCCGCCAUCACUGACGCACCCGCUGUGCUCUUCUGGCAGGAACUUCUCGACGCAUAUCCCGGAGUGAAAGUGGUGCUCGUCGAGCGAGAUGAGGAGAGGUGGUACCAGAGCAUGGAAGUGCUGCUAGAGGGAUUGUUGAACCCAGUGGGACGAAACGUAAUCCGCUUCACCGAUCCUCUUUGGUUUGGUCGAAUCAGCAAUCUCGGCGCAGGGUGGAUCGAGGCGUUGUUCGGGAGUAGGAAGCUGGCGGAGGCGAAAAGUAAUGCUCGCAAAGCGUACCGGAAGCACUACGCUGAGAUUCGAGCUGGUGUACCAAAGGAGAGAAUGUUGGAGUUUGAACUGAGCAGUGGCUGGGCGCCUCUCUGUACGUUCCUGGAGAAGCCGGUACCCAAAGUGCCUUUUCCGCGACUGAACGAGGCGGCUGCGCUGGAAAAUGCGUUUGGUGCUUUCAUUGUAAAGGCGUUGAAGCAUUCAGCAUUCAAUCUCGCAGUGGGAGUUGCGAUAGUAGCGAUAUCUGCCGGGGCUGUAUGGAGGUGGCUCGGUUGA